UAAUAAUAAUCUCCCAAUAUCUCUCUCUAUUCAUCACCACUCCUCUUCUUCUACACCUCUGAACAAAGACAAAAAAAAACCGUGGAUCUAUCUAUAUCCCCAUUCUCCACCGCCAUUUCCAAUUCCCAGCUCACAUCUUUCGAACUCAAAAUCUCUGCGAAUCGAAAAAAGAGUUUUGUUCUAUUUCUGUUUCUAACAAAUAUAUGUAUAUAUAUAUAUAAAACAAACCUUAUCUUAAUUUGAAAGUAAAGCAGAAACAGAAACAGAAACACAUGGCUUAUAAUUUCCCAGAUCUACACCAAACCCACUUCUACUACUAGCAAAUUCAGAUCACAAACCAGCCUACGUCUUUUGGCAAUGUCAGAUCUGACGUUUUCGGAGCCGCAAUCCCACAUCGACCACUUCGACCGCCUUCCCGACUCUAUCCUCCUCUUGAUCUUCAACAGGAUCGGCGAUGUCAAGGCCUUGGGUCGGUGCUGCGUCGUUUCGCGCCGCUUCCACUCCCUCGUCCCUCAGGUAGACAACGUCGUCGUUCGGGUCGACUGCGUUAUCUCCGACGACGACUCUUCGUCUUCUUCGCUUUCCGCCCCGGCUAUCUCCUGCUCCUCCGACAAGUCUCGCAACCCCUUCUCGAACCUCUUCCGUUUCGUUUUCGGCGGAAUCGUCAAGCCACUUCAGCUCUUUACCCAACUCCUUAACCCUAAGAGACCCGCUUCGUCUUCUUCCGCCUCCUCCGCUCUGUUGCUCUCCGAAGACUCCGAUGCCGAACACGGUGGAGGCGGUGGCGGUGGAGGCGUUACUCACCAUUCCCCGACCCAGGUCCUCAAAAACUUCAACGAAAUUCGCUUCCUUCGAAUCGAGCUUCCCAGCGGCGAAUUGGGUAUCGAGGAUGGGGUUUUGCUCAAAUGGCGUGCCGAUUUCGGCUCCACCCUCGACGAUUGCGUCAUUCUCGGCGCCUCUGCGGUUUUCCGGUCCCCGGCGUACGCCGCCGCCGCCGAUGCAGCAGCCGCCUGCGGUACCGGAGAGGACAACGGGAGCAUACCGGAUUCGUUUUACACGAAUGGGGGUCUGAAACUGCGUGUGGUUUGGACAAUUAGCUCUUUGAUUGCAGCUUCGGCUAGGCAUUACUUGCUGCAACCCAUAAUUUCGGAGCACAAGACGUUGGAUAAUCUCGUGCUGACCGAUGCCGAUGGGCAAGGCGUGUUGUGUAUGAAUAGGGAGCAGCUGGAGGAGCUGAGAGUGAAGCCGCUAUCGGCUUCCUCUGCCUCGAAGAGGACCCAAGUUCCGGCUCUUAAUAUGCGCCUUUGGUAUGCGCCGCACUUGGAAUUGCCCGAUGGGAUGGUUCUCAAGGGUGCCACCCUUGUCGCCAUUCGGCCCAGCGAUCAGUCUGUGCCCGCCAUGAGCAAGAAGGAAGUGUCCGAUGUGUCGUGGGUCUCCACGGCUUUCGAGGAGCCUUAUGGUACUGCCGCCAAGAUGCUCGUCAAGCGGAGGACUUACUGUCUUGAGAUGAACUCAUUCUGAAUUCAUACUUUCACAGAGAGUAAUGUGAUCUGAGGGAAGGCACAAUCAUACAAGAGAAAGUGGAGGAUGUGCAUGUUUUUUUGCAAACAGAGAAUUAGAUGACAAUUUUGCUUUAUGAAUAUCUCAGUUGGGUGCCAAGCCAACUUUUGUGGACUGCCACUGAAACACCAAUCCUUGGUUGAAUAUGCAUGCACUGUUAAUCUCUCACCCGGUAUGCUGGAAUUGAUGGUGGAAAUGCAUCUGUGCUUGUUGUUUUGAUUUGAGGCAUAUGCUUGUAAGAUUGCACACAUGCAACUAAAAUGAUGUUGUAAGAUCUUUCAGUUCGUGUAGUCAUUUACUUUAUUUAAACCAUCUCUGUAUGUGAAUAUUGUAGUUAUGAUGAAUAUGUGAUGUUUAUGUUAUACUUAAAAAGGUUAUUGAGCAAUGUACUAUUAUGCUUCAAAUGA